GUUUAACCGGAUAUUUUCUCUAUGGAUGUAAAAUAAUAUUAAUGAACAGCUUGAGUGUAAAAUAAUAUGCCUGCACUGUACAGUAUUGUAUUUUGCAACAAUAACACGUGUGGUGCAAGAGAGAUCUAGCUCAGUUUUAUCUGUAAAUAAAUCUGUUCAGAAUUGUAAAAAAAUAAAAAAUAAGUCACGAUAAGUUCCAUAUUUUUCAUAGUGUAAAUCAUAUGGCAGUCGCAUUACCUAACAACUAACUGAUGUUUGUUUGUUUUUUUUUGUCUCAUUGCAUUACAAUAAUAACCAACAAGUUUGAUUUCUUGCAUAGAAGAGUUGAAGCAUACACUAGCCUGUUACUUUACAGUGCUACGAGUGCUGCUCGCUGCGUUCACGUCAGUUCCCGUAUUAUUUCAGCAGUUCCAACGUUCUGCUUCAUUGUUAAAAUGUUACUCUUUCGGCAAAAAAAGCUGUAAAAAAUAAACGAUAGCGUGCGUUUAACAUGUAGUCGCACUUUAGCAUUCUGCAGUUUGUUUGUUGUAGCACUGAGAGCAAGUACAUUGAUAUCCGGGUCAGACACUUUAGGAGAUACUAGUUUAUUGCACAAUAUUGUACAAUUUUUUUUUUAAUUCCGUUUUUUCUCGCUCUUUUUAAAUUCUUUAUGGUGUGACACAGAGACGGAACUGCAAUUCAAAUUCCAGCAAGUUACAAGUCACACAGUGCCACUGGAUUUAAUUGCCUAAGUUUGUGAGUCUGACUGCAGUUUUCAUCACUAGUGAUCCCUUCUCACGUCUUAGUACUUUUUGGAUAGUUCUGCUAAGAAGAAUUUGAGAAAAAAUAACAACGUUCUUGGGAUCACGGAACUGUGGAUUGCCUUGUGUUUAUCAACAUUAUUGGAUGAAAUGGCUUAAAGAAACAUGGUUCUGGUGAAUGGAUGAUACAGAACCUGUCCAAACUGUUUCUGAGAGUAAUUUAUAACACAUACCGGAAUUCAUUAUGGAUAACCUGCCACAAGCUACAGGUGGGGAGGACCCCAAUAAAAACGCUAAAAGAAAAUCGACUGAAGACGACAGUAAAAACAAACCUAAAUUGAACAUACACAUAAAAACUUUGGCUGAUGAUGUGCGGGACAGAAUCACCAGUUUAAGGAAAUCGGUUCCCAAGCGUGAGAAGCUUCUCAUUCAGCACCCGACAGACCCGCUGACCAUUGCCAACGAGCUGCCCGCCCCGCAGCCCCUCUUCGACGAGCGAUCCAUGAACCUGUCCGAGAAGGAGAUCUUCGACCUCUUUGAGAAGAUGAUGGAAGACAUGAAUCUCAAUGAGGAUCGCAAGAUUCCACUACGUGAGAAAGACUUGAGCAUCAAACGGGAGAUGGUUGUCCAAUACAUCUCUGCAACUGCCAAAUCUAUAACGGGAAGCAAACUUGUGGGAGGCCUGCGGAACAGCAAGCACGAGUCUACGCUGUCAUCACAGGAAUAUGUGCACGAGCUACGCUCCGGAAUCACAGACGAGAAGCUCCUCAACUGCCUGGAGUCUCUGAGAGUCUCUUUAACCAGCAACCCUGUAAGCUGGGUUAAUAACUUCGGACAUGAAGGCCUGGGGCUGCUGCUGGAUUGUCUGGAGAAGCUGCUGGACAAAAAACAGCAAGAAGGAAUUGACAAACGGAAUCAGCACAAGCUUAUCCAGUGUCUCAAGGCGUUCAUGAACAACAAGUAUGGCUUGCAAAGAAUACUGGGAGACGAGAGAAGUCUUUUACUUCUGGCCAGAGCUAUUGACCCGAAACAAACCAACAUGAUGACAGAAAUAGUGAAAAUACUUUCUGCCAUUUGCAUUGUUGGAGAGGAAAACAUACUUGAUAAGAUCCUGGCAGCCAUGACGAUUUCAGCUGAGCUCAAUAAUAAAGAACGCUUCGCUCCUGUUGUGGAGGGGUUGGACAACCAUGAAGCUCCACAGUUACAGGUGGCAUGCAUGCAGUUAAUCAACGCCCUGCUCACCUUUCCAGAGGAUCUGGACUUCAGGAUACACCUUCGGAAUGAGUUCCUGCGCUGCGGGCUGAAGAAAAUCCUCCCUGAGCUGAAAGAGACGGAGGAACUUGAUAUCCAGUUGAAGGUGUUCAAUGAAAACAAGGAGGACGAUUUAAUUGAAUUAAAUCACCGGCUUGAAGACAUCCGAGCUGAAAUGGAUGAUAUGAACGAGGUCUACCAUUUGCUGUCCAACAUGGUGAAAGAUACGGGGGCAGAGAAUUACCUCCUCUCCAUGCUGCAGCAUCUCCUCCUCAUCAGGAAUGAUUAUUACAUCAGGCCGCAGUACUACAAGGUGAUUGAAGAAUGUGUUUCCCAGGUGGUGCUGCACCGCAGUGGCAUGGACCCUGACUUUGCAUACAGAGGGAGGCUGGACAUUGACCUCACUCACCUUGUUGAUAUGUGUGUGGAUAAAGCAAAAGUGGAAGCAAGUGAACAAAAGGCGUCCGAUUUUUCCAAAAAGUUUGAUGAAGAGUUCACAGCUCGACAGGAGGCGCAGGCUGAGCUCCAGAAACGAGAGGAGCAAAUCAAAGAGCUGGAAGCAAAGAUCCAGACACUGCAGGCUCAGCUAGCUAUUGAGAGAAGCAGACAAAAAGAGGCGCCAAAGAAUACCUGUGAAACAGAUGGUGGACAGGUUACCAGUGCUGCGGCAGGAAUCCCACCCCCUCCCCCACCUUCAGGAGGUGCCCCCCCUCCCCCACCUCCUCCACCUCCACCUCCUCCAGGGGGCUGUCCACCUCCUCCUCCCCCUCCCCCUCCCCCUCCCCCUCCCCCUCUCCACUGCGGGAUUCCCCCUCCACCGCCACCCCCAGGGGGUCCAGGGGCACCACCACCUCCACCCAUGUUCGGAGGUCCCCCACCACCUGCUGUUAUCAAACUGCCUUAUGGUCUGAAGCCUAAGAAGGUGUACAAGCCUGAAGCUGCCAUGAAGAGAGCUAACUGGUCCAAGAUUGUGCCUCAGGAAAUGACAGAAAACUGUUUCUGGAUUAAAGUCAAAGAAGAGAAGUUUGAGAGCCCUGAUCUCUUCACUAAGAUGGCCCUCCUAUUUGCCACCAAGACAACAGUGAAAAAGGAUUUGGAUGAGCCAGAUGACUCCAGGGCUCCACAGAUAAAGAAAAAAGUGAAGGAACUGCGCAUUCUGGACCCCAAAACAGCCCAAAACCUGUCUAUCUUUCUGGGUUCAUUUCGCUUGCCUUAUGAAGAGAUCAGAGACAUCAUUCUGGAGGUGGAUGAGGAGAGGCUGAGUGAAGCGCUGAUCCAGAACCUGAUAAAGAACCUGCCAGAACAGAAAGAACUGACUGCUUUAGCAGAGCUGAAGGAUGAGUACGAGGAGCUGUGUGAACCAGAACAGUUUGGCAUUGUGAUGAGCUCAGUGAAGCUGCUGCGGCCCCGGCUCAACGGGAUCCAGUUCAAGCUGACGUUCGAGGAGCAGGUCAACAACAUCCGGCCUGACAUCAUGAACGUGACCUUCGCAUGCGAGGAGGUCAAGAAGAGCGAGAACUUCAUGAGGCUGCUGGAGCUGGUGCUGUUGGUGGGGAACUUCAUGAACUCUGGCUCCCGCAAUGCACAGACAUUUGGCUUCAACAUCAGCUUCCUCUGCAAGCUUCGAGACACCAAGUCUGCUGACCAGAAGACGACCCUGUUGCACUUUCUGGCUGAUAUGUGCGAGGAGAAACAUUCAGACAUUCUGAAGUUUACUGAUGAGCUGACACACGUGGAGAGUGCCAGUAAAGUGUCUGCCCAGAUCCUGAAGGCCAGUCUCGACACCAUGGAGAGACAGAUCCAGCGCCUGGAGAAUGACAUCAAAAACUUCCCCAAGAAUGAUGACGAUCCUGAUAAGUUUGUUCAAAAGAUGAUUGGCUUCUCCAAGUAUUCACGGGAGCAGUUUGAGAAGCUCUCCACCAUGCACAAGAACAUGCAGAAGCUCUACGAGAGCCUGGGCAGCUACUUCGUCUUCGACCCACAGGUCGUCAGUGUCGAGGACUUCUUUGGGGACCUCAGCAACUUCCGCUCCCUCUUCCUGGAAGCUGUGAAGGAGAACAACAAGAAGAGAGAGAUGGAGGAAAAGAUCAAGAGAGCCAAGCUGGCAAAAGAGAAAGCUGAGAGAGAGAAGCAGGAGAGACAGCAGAAGAAGAAGCAGCUGAUUGAUAUGAACAAAGAAGGAGACGAGACUGGUGUGAUGGACAGUCUGAUGGAGGCGCUGCAGUCAGGGGCUGCGUUCCGCGACCGGAGAAAACGAACGCCUCGAAAUGGUGAGCAAAACCCACCCAGCCCGACAUCGCGAUGGCCAUUUGCUAAUAAGGAUAACCGACGAGUAGUUUUGGAAAGGUCACGUUCACGUCACAAUGGAAACCCCUCCGCUGUAUGACCUUCCCCGCCUCCCCUCAAAAAAGUGCCAAAGAGACAGUGCUGGGAUGUGAAGAGCUUUGAAUCAACAUCAUCAUCAUCAUCAUCAUCAUCAUAAAAAAGAACAAGUGAACUAAAUAGUUAUGAGCUUGAAAGAGGACCUGCAGAAAGCCAAAGGAGAAUCAGGAAAAUGGAAUGCAAUGUCUGUGGUCAUACUGAUGGACACAUAUCCUAAGCCUUACAUAUGGACUGUGUUUCUUUUUUUUUAAUUGAAUGCAUUAAGAGUGGUGUGUCUGGCUACUCCUGGCUUACUUGGUGGUGUAGAUGCACAGAGAUGCUUUCUAUGCCAAGCGGCUGUAAGUCUGCAUGGCUUGUUGUGCCUGCUCAUCUUUAGGAUCUAGAAGGUCAAGCAGCUUGCUGUGGUACCCUUUUUCAUUUCUUUCCAAGUUCAAAUUAUCUUUGAAUUUUAGCACUGUGUCAAGGUUAGGGCAACCUAGCCCUCCCUGUACUCCCUAUAAUUUAGAGGCACAUAGUGUAUUCUAGAUAAUUCUAUCUUAAAAAAAUAAAUAAAUAAAAAGAAGUUUGUUCAUUAUUUUAGUUUAAAUUGUUAAACUGAACAAUUUUGUAGAAAGCUGGUUUUCAACAUAAAUCGGGACGGUUUGACACACAUUAGCCUGACAUACAAAGACAAUGUCUUUAGCUGUUUGCUACAUUGACCAAUACUGGAAUGUACGGGUAUGUCUAGUGCUGUGUCUUGUGGUCUGGCUUUAUCUCAUUUAGCCAAUGGUAAAAUGACUGUACUGAGAUGGAAUGGAUGAAAGCCAUGGUGAAAAUGAAAGAUGAGUUUGAGAAUGAGAGUAACAAGUAGCAUUGGACAAUAUUGCAUACAGAUAGUGUUGUUAAGGUUUAUUCUUGCAAGAUGAACAAUGUAUAAAGAUACUGCACACAAAAAAAAUAAUAAUAAGGGCUUUAGAAUUUAGCUUUACAUUUCACACAGUUGAAUUGAAUUAUGUCAGCUUCAGGGUCUUAAUCCUAGGUUCAGGAACCUGCACAGUCUCUACUAAAUUGAAGUAUUUACUGAUGUUAGUUUUUUAACAGCCCCAAGCAGUUCAGACUCCUUUGAAUGUGCACAGUGGGCAGAUCCACAGCCAGGCACUUCGUUCCGAGUCUAAAAGCAGUAUAACUACAGGAGUUUGAAACAACAUGGCGCCUGUCUUUAGAAAGAAUCAUUAACAGCCCCCUACACAGAAUUUCAUCUUCCCUUUGGGUGAAAGCAACUAGCUACCAGCGUUAAGCAAUUCACAACAUUAUUAUUAUCAUGAAGCCUCCGGCAACAUAAAUCACGCUUUAAAAGUAAUCAAAACAGAUGCUUUACAAAAAGAAAUCUCUCUCUCUCUCUCUCUCUCUCUCUCUCUCUCUCUCUCUCUCUCUCUCUCUCUCUCUCUCUCUCUCUCUCUCUCUCUCUCUCUCUCUUUUCCUUUUCACAAAUAAAUGACAAAUUCAUUAUGUACUGAAACGUACCAGACAAACAUAAAUGAACUACCAUAGCAGUUGUGCAUGCACAUACAUUUUACAACAUGUGCAGCGCCCACAUGCAACACUAUCCAAUUCAUUUAUUAUACCCCUCCACCCCCUCACCACGCACACAUUUCAAUUACACAUGAAAACACAAUUUGGCAUGAUGGUGCGCGUCUGUUUUUUUUGGCCUCCCCAUAAGAGGUCCAUGUGGUAGAAGGUCUCGUCUGUAUAGGAUGAACUAUGCCUGCCUAUGGAAGCAUGCCAACAGCUUGUAAAAGAGCAAUUAGGAAACCGAACAUUCGCAGAGAGCCGCAGUCAUGUUUCCAGUAACUAACUAGACGAAACACUCAGGCAAGUACCUAUAUACAAAUACAUACAAGUGUUUACUUGGAUAACAAGUACAGGAGUGAUGGGGUUGUAAAACAAAUGCAUUCUGAAGUACAACAAUGAAUGACCAGGUUUGUAAAUGACAUCUGGCUGGAUUAUUAAUGUGAAGCAGUGACUGGAAAUCACAAAAAAUAAUCUUCACGCUCACUGAAAAUUAUUAAUGUUCCUCAAUUAUAUUGAACCAGUCAUGACUCCAGGCAAAAUGAGUGCAUUUUAAAGAGCAGCUUAGUAGGGGCAUAAAUAUAUGUUAUCUAAUGUAUUUGUGUUGUUUACAGCUGUGGCCAAAAGGUUUGCAUCACCUUGAAUUUUAGGAUUGAGACAUAGUUUAUAUAUAUUUUUUCACUCAAAAGAUAUUUAAAUAUGGGCAAAGAAAACUUUUUAUCACACUGACAUAGGCCACAGAACGUUUUUCCAUUUUGUUUAAAAAAAAGCCGAAGUUUUCUCUUUUGUUCAAACAUAUAAUGUGCUACUGAACUGGGAAAAAAACAUUAACAAAGUAUAGAUAACGGGUAUAAAUACAUAAAUGCACUUGCUUGAAAGCAAAACUACGCUUAUACUCAGAUUUUAGAACCAUCCUUGAUGGUUUGCAUGUGCAAAAAUAUAUUUGGAUUCGACUGUCAAUAAAAAUACUCUUAAAAAAAAGAAACGUCAAUCAGAUAAAAAAAAAAAAAACACCUUAAAGUUGUGUUGCGAUUAUCAUAGAAAGAUUGUUCUAAUUAGAGAGACUGCAGCUUUAAAUAUCGAUAAGUCAUUCUUUAUUUUUUCCCUUAGUACAUUUGGGUGAAUUAACACAUUACUGUAUUCUUUGAAAAUACAUUUAAAAAAAAGGAAAUCAUUGUUAUUAUAUAGUAAGUGAUUUACUAUAGAUGCAAUUAUAUAAAUUCUCCCAGUGCUGUAGGCAAGGGUAUACACCCUUUGAAACAAGUGUGUUCUUUUGUUAUGAACUUUACUCAGGCACAGUCACACGGAAUGGGAUAUUGCUAGAAGCUUUGACUUGUUUUCUGAAAAUGAAAAAUGUCAGUUACAAAUGGUCUAAAGAUUGGUAUUUGCUUCACAAGUAAAUCUGUUUAUCAACAAAUUGCAAAACAAGUCAUUAUGCUGACUAUUAAAAAAUGUUAAAAUCAUAGUAAGUAGUUAUAUAGUUGAGCCUGAUAUUGCUGCGUAAGAUACAAGCUGAUUUAUCCCCACUCAAGGUCAGAACGACCCAUCCAGUAAACCAGUAGCUCUUGUGGAGUGGGUUUCAGCUUAUGUUGUACAUUUACCAGUCUAUAUCUAACAUGCAUUUCUAGUUUGAAAGGCUGUACACAGCCCUGCCUAUAUUUUGGGUUUUAUGAUAUGUCACUGUAAUACAUUAUAUUGUUUUAAAAGCACUUCAUAUUUGUAACAUCUUUUAAUUGUAUUUGUAUUGGUUACACUUUGAGAGAAAGGUAUGAGCACUGUUCUUUAGCAGAGUAUUGUUAAAUUAUCUAAAUAACCACUUUGUUAUAUAUAAGCCUGAAAAAGUGUCUUUAUUUUUAUUUGUGAAUAUUUAGUUACACGUACUAAACAACUGAGCGUGCUUUCUCAGAAUAAAAAAUAAAAAAAAUCA